AUGGAACAUUGUGAUUCUAAUGGUGCAUGUGUCAUGCCUGAUUCACCGAUAUCUUCCUACCACAGCACAGAUAAUCUCUAUGCAGAACUGCACCGUAGUGAAAGUGCCCAGGAGAAAAAUGUAAAAGAAGCUAGAACCAAAUGUAGAACCAUUGCAUCUUUGUUAACUGAUGCUCCAAAUCCCCACUCAAAGGGGGUUCUUAUGUUUAAGAAAAGACGGCAAAGAGCAAAGAAAUAUACACUUGUGAGUUACGGAAGUGUAGACGAAGAUCGUUACAUUGAAGACGAAGACGGUGUCCUUCCAACAAGUGAAUCAGAAUUUGAUGAGGAAGGCUUUUCUGAUGCACGUAGUCUAACAAACAAUUCUGAUUGGGACAGCACAUAUCUUGACAUUGAAAAGCCAAAGAUGGAACAUGAACAUCUGGAAGAAAAGGGUUUGAGUGAGGCAUCUGGCAAAGGUGCAGCAUUGUUUGAACUGCAAAGGCAAAGGUCAGAACAUGCUGUUGAAAAUAUUUCAGUACAAAACCCUCAGAUUUUUCAAAAAACUCCCAUUGCCCCUCCUCGGAAGUCAAUGGUCAAUGGAAAUGUGAACCAUCAGGUUAAUUUAGAAAGAAGCCAGCAGGCUCAAGGCUCAGAGAACAUAAAAGUGACA